UGCGGGGAAAAGAGUUUUUCUAAAGUUUGGCCGAUGAGCUGUUUGUCAUCUCCAACGAGCGCAUCACACGAGGACUAAUUAUUCAUGACUUAAAUGGCGGAAGAACUGUUAAUGGAAAAUGCUGCAAAGACCAGCGGGCAUCUUACGAGUUCAUUGCUAGCCGUGGCUUUCCUGGCCUCAUUUGGCAGUUCCAUGCUCUAUGGAUACAAUUUGGCCGUCGUCAACUCACCUGCAGAGUAUAUCAAAGCCUUCUACAAUGAGACGUUACUGGAACGUCAUGACCAGACUCCUGAUGAGCAUCUUCUCACCGUCUUAUACUCCCUCACUGUGUCCAUCUUUGCCAUCGGUGGGAUGACUGGGGCACUACUGGUGGGCAGACUUGUUACCAAAUAUGGAAGGAAAGGGACGCUGGUGAGAUCCUCCAUGCUGGUGUUCAUAGGAGGAUCUUUAAUGGGUUUCAGCAGAUGGUGCAGGAAUCCUGCGAUGGUCAUUGCUGGACGCUUUAUUACAGGAGUACACUCAGGGAUUUCUCUCAGUGUGGUGCCCAUGUACCUCGGUGAGAUCGCCCCCAAGAACCUGCGAGGCUUCUUGGGCCUUGUUCCCAGCAUCCAUAUUUGUCUGGGAGUCUUCAUUGCUCAGGUCCUGGGGCUUUCCGAACUGCUGGGAAAGGAAGAGUAUUGGCCUCUGCUCUUGUCCCUUAUUAUCUUUCCCACAAUGGUCCAGCUGAUGUUGUUGCCAUGGUUUCCAGAGAGUCCACGGUAUCUGCUGAUAGAGAAGGGAAAUGUACAUGCAACGAUAGCAGCCCUUAAGUGUUUCCGUAAAAAAGGAAACAUCCAGGCUGAGGUUGAGGAGAUGCAGGAGGAGCAGCGCUCUCUGUCCUCCAUUCAGACUCUUUCAGUCCGACGUUUACUCAAGGACCGCUGUGUCCGCUGGCAGGUCAUCACUAUCAUAGUGGUCAACAUUGGCAUGCAGCUGUCUGGCAUUGAUGCGAUCUGGUUCUACACAAAUGAAAUAUUUAAGAACGCAGGAAUCCCAGAACCUCAUAUUCAGUACACAACAGUGGGAACUGGUGCCAUUGAGGUCAUCGCAGGGAUGCUGGGGUGUUUCACUAUUGAGCGUGUGGGCAGAAGACCUCUGAUAAUAGGCGGCUUCCUCUUCAUGGGACUCUGCUGUGCAGGGAUCACAGUGUCUGUCCUCCACCAGGAUCAGUUUUCCUUCAUGCGCUACAUCAGUGUUGGCUGCGUUGUCGGGAUUAUCGCUGGCUUCUGCAUAGGUCCAGCUGGUGUGCCUUUCCUGAUCACUGCAGAGCUCUUUAAGCAGUCGCAUCGUCCAUCUGCCUACACAGUGGCAGGUUGCCUCAACUGGUUGUCCAACUUUACUAUUGGCUUUGUAUUUCCCUUCCUAGAGGAAGCCACGGGUCCUUACUGUUACCUGAUUUUCUGUGCAAUCUGCUUAGGAGUGGCAAUCUACGCCAUAUUUAUCAUUCCUGAGACCAAGAACAAAACCUUCCUGGAGAUCAGCCAGAUGUUUGCCACCAGGAACAACAUCCUCAAUGAAGAAUUAACUCCCAACACCCAACUGAAAAUGGCUCAGAUGAACGGCUACGGGAGCCUUGGCCUCCAUGAUGAGAAAAUAGAAAGAGGGACUUGACUGACAUGCUGAUGAUGAAGAAUGGGCACAUGGAGAUCUGGUGCUUCAAGAAGUUUAAUGUACA